GCCUGUGUUUUAUUGAGGAUCAUUAACUGACGUUAAAGUGAAAGUAAACCAGGAGGAAAAUCAGGAGCACAUUUGAUUCUCACUCAGUUUCGUCUACUUUUAUGAAUUAUGUUUGAAUGUGUUGAAUGGCUCAAAUUCAUCAUAAUUAACACUGUGAUUUAACGGACGAGUCUUCGGUGUCUCUGAAAUGUUGCCGAUUAUUAUUAUCAUCGCUUUACUGGUGAAUCUCCUCAUAGAGACUACAGAGUCGUUCACUGUUGUGGUUCCUCGUGAUCAGACAGUGGCUCGUGUCGGGUCCACAGUCACUCUGCCCUGCUGGAUCUCUCCUCCUGAGAACGCUGAAGUUCUGGAGAUCCGCUGGUACCGUCAGGAGUUCAGCAAACCGGUUCUCCUCUAUCAGCAUGGGAAGAUCAUCCAGGAGGAAUCGUUCAGGAACCGAAGCUCACUGACUCUGUGGUCGGAUCAGUCUGGUGGACUGAAGGAUGGAGACGUCUCUCUACGGCUGGAGAAACUCACAGUUCAGGAUGAAGGUUCAUUUCGCUGUUAUAUCAGUGGAGAAAGUGUGUAUGACAGCGGAGAGGUGGUUCUCAAAGUCAUUGAUUCACCAGAUUCACCAGACUCAUCAGAUCUGUGGAAGGCUCUUUUCUUCACUCUUCUCAUUUGUGCUGUUCUGGGUUUGGUUGGGCUGAUCCUGUACAAAUACACACAGAAAAAUACCAUCCGUUUUUCAGGGAAGAAACCAGAAGAACAAAUUUGUGAGGAUGGUGGUAUGGAGAAACUGACAGAAGAAGCUGUUGGAGAGAUAAAUAUAGAAGAACUGAGGAAACAUGCAGUUAAGAUCACUAUUGACCAACAUUAUGUGUCUCCGAAUUUGAUCGUUUCUAAGGACCGUAAAAUAGUGAGGGAACGUAAAGAAUAUAAACACACUGGAGAGGGAUUUCCAUAUGAAUUAUAUGCAUUUGGAGCCCAAAAAUUUACAUCUGGACGUCACUAUUGGGAGCUAGAGUUGGCACGAGCGAAUACACAUCCUAAAAACUACUGGUUAAUUGGUGUGGCGAAACAUGAAAAUUUUCGUGAAAAAGACAAAUCUUUUACUCCAUCAAGCGGGUACUGGUUCUUGUGUUCAGACGGUCCUAAUGGCUUUUACACCAGCUCUGAUCCAUCAGUUUCUCUCUCACUGACGCCGAGACCCGAACGACUGGGAGUUCUGUUAGAUUAUGGUAAAGGUCAGCUGUCAUUUUACAAUGUCAAAGAGAGGAAACAUGUGCUGACCAUGAACACCAGAUUCCCUGGAUCAGUCACUCCGCUGUUUAAUCCAGGGGUCGAAGAUCAGAGUUCACUUAUGAUUCUGGAUUGUCCAAAACCUGUAGAAACACCUGUAGAGUCCAGUGAACCUUUACUGGGGAACACAGAGUCUACACCAGAUGCAAAAGCCAAAACCAAAUAGAAACCAUUAUGAUCAGCGAUGCUGUUAUCCCCUUCCUCUGCUUUGGGUUGUAUUUAUAGAUAUGUAUCUAUUGUUUUAAUCUCCCUUCCUCAACUACUUCACCUGGAUUAAUCUAGAGGAGGAGAGCAGCGUAGCGCCCCCAGAGGACGGUAGUGGUACUGCAAUCUGCUAUAGUUCACAGUAACAGGACUAUGUACUGCCUCACUGUCCACACGGGAUGCUGGACACACACACACAAACACACACACACACACACUAGGGCUGCGCGAUUAAUCGCACGAUAUUGUUAUGCGCA